AAAGGGGCCACUGUGAUUGGCGUCCUCUGGGCCGAGAAUGUCAUAAGCUAUGCUCUCAUCGGCUUGCGAGUUUACACUCGUCGCUACAUUCGGGGAUCACUGGGCUGGGACGACUUGUGUCUGGUCUCAGUAGCGGCCCUCAUGACAAUUUUCGCCAUCUUGGUCUCAUUCUCAGUCCAUCGUGGGAUGGGUCAACACUUUGACCAGCUUGAAAUACCACAGUUUGCAGAUGCAAUGCUGUAUCUGCUCUGCGCCCAGUCCGCUGUUUCUCUUGCUAUUGGAAUGGGCAAGGUGGCAGUUGCUGUUUUCUUGCUUCGUAUUGUUACUGCUCCUUGGCAUCGCUGGUUCCUCUGGUUCUGCAUUACAUCCAUGAUGGUUUUGAGUGCGAUUCUAGCCAUUUCAAUCUUCGCACAAUGCACUCCUGCCGAAUCGAUAUGGAAUCCUCUACUGGCGGACCAAAAGAAAUGCCACAUGAACUUGACUGUGGUUGCUUUCAUCGACUGCACUUAUGCCGCGGUCCUGGAUUUCGCUUUGGCCGGUUUCCCUUGGCUUGCCCUCCGCGGGCUCAACAUGAAGCGCAAGGAACGCAUGGCGAUUUGUCUGUCUUUGAGCCUCGGGAUAUUUGCCGGUAUUUGCGGGAUCGUUCGGACGUCCACCCUCGAAGCCUUAAACAAUUCUACUGAUUAUCUUUACGCCACAUCGGACUCUGUAAUUUGGACUGCGAGUGAAGUAACCACAACUAUCGUCUGCCUUACACUCCCAGCUCUCCGCCCUCUCUAUAACAAGAUGCGUGGACAGGAGUCAAGCUCGGCUGGGUACCAGCAGCACGAUGACUCUAACUACAGACCCGGGGGUUCCUACGCUCUGAGCUCAUUCCAGACCAAACGAGGUGAUGGCGACAACGAUUUUAACAAAAACGGGAACUUUGCAAAUGUUGAGGCAGGACGAACCACUGUCAAAAACGACAGUGAUGAGACAAUCUUACUGCAAGGUGACGAUAAGAGGAAUAUCAGGCGGGUCCAAGAAGUCAGUAUUUCUUACGAG